AUGGAGGACCCGCUUAUGCCUGCAAGGCCCACCGUGUCCAAAGUGGACCUGAAAUUGAUCGGUGCUUCUUACCAGUUGCUGCUUGGUGUGGGUUCUGCCAGCCGAUCGCAAGAAGAGCAGAAUCUCUUUGCCCAACGAGGAUGCUGCAAGCGCCAAGGGAAGUAUGUCUACAUUGGACACGACAUCUCUGGUAGUCCAGCAAGCAUCGACAUUGGCAUGUGCAGGACCUAUUGUGGGGGUCCCCAAAGGAUGAAGUCCUACAUUUCAGGGGUCCUUGGCUUCUCCAGACAAUCCUCUAUGCUGGAAUUCCUUAAAACCAAGAAGCUUCAGGAUAGGUUCACAGAAUCGCAGCCGUCUAACGGAGCCGACCGUUCCUGCCCGCUGGAUUAUCACUGCGAACCCAGCAGCGUCCGGGUGGAGAAUGUGCUGCUUCUCGCGGGCAUUCGGCAAGUGGAGGUGAUAGAGGGCUGCCACUGCAGUCCAAGCCCUGCUGAAUGCCUCCGGUUGCCAUCCCUGAAAACCUUCUUCCCAGACUCCCCUCUCGAGCAGACUGUGGAUGUCGGCAAGUGCUCCAGUCCACCACAUUCCGAAGAUGGGCUCUUCUGUGUGCCCACACGUUUUGACCCGGUUCUGUUGAAGAGUCCCAAUGGGAAUGAUGUGGUCCGAACUCUGGAGAGCUGCGAGCUGAGACAGUCUUGUUACCGUGUCUCCCAUCGGGAGUAUUACUUCGAAGUUCUGCUCAACUCGGCUGGAGAGAGGAUGGAACGCUUGAAGGAAAUCGAUGUGGGACGGUGCCUAGGGGGAUGCACCUCCGGGAAUCAUUGCCUGCUCAGGGAUCCCCAAGUUCCAGAUAAGUGCCUUGUUUUGGCAGAGGGGGUCUCCAGCCAUUGCACCCCACACCAAUAUGAGACACAUACUUUCCGAAGCCGGACUGGCCAGCUGCGCACCGUCUUCUCAAUCCAGGCCUGCAGAUGUGAAGCCUGA